GUUCUGGUGAACUUGUGGUUUAUAUUUCAGGAAUCACACCAUGCUGUGCAUUUUGUGCCUUUGGACAAAUUAGUAAUGAUAUGCAUCCACCAUUAUGAUGCAGUAUCACUGAAAGUCUCCGCUUCAGUCACUCCUGUCGCUUCAGUUCCUGCAAUCAACGCUUUCUUUACUGGCUCCAUAGUUUUGCCAGUCUGUCUCAGAUUUUGAAUGUCUGUCUCUGAAAAUACUAGCUGUUCUGUUAUUCUUGUUCAGAGGUGGUCUCAGAGGCAGUCCAGUUCUUUUUCUUACAUUGAUGAUAUUGUCAUGGUGUUAAAGAUUAUAGGAUUUCAGGAUUUAAAAGAAAACAAACCCAAACCUUUAGAGGACUGGAGUGAAGCCUCAAGGGCCUACAUGAAUCCAAUAGCGAUGGCUCGCUCAAGGGGUCCUGUCCAGUCUUCAGGGCCAACAAUCCAGGAUUAUCUGAACCGACCAAGGCCUACCUGGGAGGAAGUAAAGGAGCAGCUGGAAAAGAAGAAGAAAGGUUCCAAAGCCUUGGCUGAAUUUGAAGAGAAGAUGAAUGAGAAUUGGAAAAAAGAACUAGAAAAACACAGAGAGAAAUUAUUAAGUGGAAAUGAGAGCUCAUCCAAAAAAAGACAGAGAAAGAAAAAAGAAAAGAAGAAAUCUGGUAGGUAUUCAUCUUCUUCCUCAUCGAGCUCUGAUUCUUCCAGCAGUUCUUCAGAUUCUGAAGAUGAGGAUAAAAAACAAACAAGAAAGAGGAAGAAAAAGAAGACUCGUUGCCAUAAGUCUCCCGAGAGCUCAGUGUCGGACUCUGACUCGGACAGCAAGGAUGGUUCAAAAAAGAAAAAGAAGUCAAAGGAUGUGACUGAGAAAGAGAAGGACACUAAAGGACUCAGCAAAAAAAGAAAGCUGUAUGAAGACAGAGCGCUCUCCUCCGCGUCGUUGUCCGGGUCGGAUUAUGAAGAGGUGCAAGCGAAAAGGAAGAAAAGCGGUGAAGAGCGCGAGAGAACAGACAAAGCCAAGAAGAGAAGGAAGCAUAAGAAGCACAGCAAGAAGAAGAAAAAGAAGGCUGCGGGUUCAAGUUCAGACUCAGCGUAGCCUCGGGAAGGAAGACCAGGGUCCCUU